AUCAGGCUGGUGCCGCUCUCAGGCUUCUCUCUGACUUCAGUAAGAUACGAGGAGUCAAAAUCGAUCUUGUAACAGCUCCUCGCUCAUUUCGUGUUACAAUACGUGAAUUCGCAACUGUCGCAAAUUAAUCUUGCGAGAUGUUCAAGCAGGUGUUGCGACCGGUUGUUCGCAACGUGGUCAAAAAUGGUACCCGUUCAUCGAGCUCAAAAGUUUUGGAUAUUAGAGUACCGACAAUAAAUGACAUACCAGUGCCAAAAGGAUCAUGGCGUGAGCAUUAUGAGAAAAGACAGAAAGUUUACAAUACUCAAUUAAUCGUUGGUAUCACUGCUCUAGUGAGCACAUUAACUUUUAUAAAAGUUUCGGGUAUUAUCUUCUUUAACUUUAACCCACCUGAGAUACCUACUGAGAAGUGAACAUCAGAAUAUUAGAUAAUUACAAUAGAUAUAUACAAAGCAAUCCAGCCACACAGCUAUAAUGAAUAUAUUAUAAUAAAUGUGUACUUUAUUGUGAGAGUGUAACACGCAAUAUGUAACUUGUACUCUUCAAUAAAUGGUCCAUAUUUAUAACAA